CGACAAGUCAGCUGACCAGAGUAAACAAUGAUGUCCGCCCACCGUAAUGUGAACAAGUUAGUGGUGAUCAAAAAACUAACAGAUACGUCUUACGACAUUAAAGACGUCGUUAGAACAGACUUGGAAUCCAACAACAAAGGAUUUUCUAUCCUCCUGGCGGACGGGAAGUUAAUACUUGUAGUAUGGGUCAACAAAAAAGUUACCUCGCAAGUUGUACUGGACGUGUCUGAUGCAUGCUGGCAACGUGGAGGCGAGAGUGAAGUUAUUAUUGCCUGCCAAAAUGGGAAACUGGUCCGGUAUUCAGUGCACUUUGAUACUGGUCUCUCCUGCUCACUUCAGUUAUCUGCUCCAUCUCUUCUUUCACUUAUCAGGGAGAAAGAUUCAAGUAUACGCUCAAUUCGUAGCCCAAGAAUAUGGGGCCAUACAGAUCAGUUCAUUCUCAUGCAACCACAAAUUGAUCGCUUAGUGCUUCUGGCCACCAAUGCUGGAGGCCGUCCCACUACACAUGGGGUUCUUCGGACCCCACCUCUUCGUACAGCACACCUCUACAAAAACAUGAUCUUGGCACAGCCUGUAACUGGAACAGAUCUAUAUGAGUAUGAAACCAAAAAAUGCAAGCUGAUUGAUGUCAUCAAUUUGAGCUUACAAAGGAUAGGGUCUGAGUUUACAGAAUGGAGUUCUCUUACUUGUUCCUCAACUGGUGAAACUAUAGCAGUGGCAGACUCCAAACGACAUAUUUAUGUGACUAAUUUUAGAUAUCGAAUUUCUCUUGGAAAAAAAGGUGGAAUAAACAGGAGCCAGGUCACUCUUCACCAAGUAAUAUGGCCCACAAGUCUGCAACCAUCAAGAAUCAAGGAGCUUUCCUUGAGUGUAUCAGAUACUGUUCUCACUGUCUUCUGUCAAACUGAUGAUGAAGGCUUAGAGAGCCAAAACUACCUGAGCUUUGAUGUGAGUCUCAGUAGCAUCAGCUGUCACCACAUCUUUACUGAACAGACUGUUAUCAUCCCAGGCAUAACACAUCACCUACCUGACCUCUUUCUUAUUUCUGAGGGAGUUGCAAUGUUAAUGGAUGAGGAUGCCUCAAUUAGUAGCCUUGAUUCUGAAGUUGAUUUUGGCGAAUUACUGGGUGGCAUGAGUGAAGGUCUUGAAGAGCAAAAUAUGGCUAAAAUAUCAGAAGUUAAAGUUAUGGUAGAGCAAGGUUUAAGUGUAUUCCUGUCUUCUUGCAACCACCAGGAGGGCUGGUUAGAGCUGGCAGAAAUGCGUGCGAAACAGUAUGGUCAGCUUGCACAGUUACUUCUCAGUUAUAUUCCCCGUUAUGCUCAGCAAGAGUCAACACAUGCCACUGCACUCUCUCUUCAAUACCUUGCCAAGCAUCACUUUUCAAGUAUACUAGAAGAGAUGAGUAAUGUCCUUCAGUACAUUGACAGUGACAGCAUAUCACAGAUGGUACUACAGAUGACAGAACAGGUAUCAUUUUACCUACAUAGUGUUGACCAGUUGCAGUUGCCACAAGCAGGAAGUGAGAGCGAGGAACUAGCACAUCGGCAUGAAAUAUGGGGUGACAGGCCACUUAAGGAAAUUUUAGAAGAUGCACUGACCACUGGGUGUGUGAAGUCUUCAGAAUGUUAUCUUCGGCUGAAGCCUUGGGUGUAUGGUACAGUUACCACAACUACUGUUAUUGCCACUUGCAUUGAUAUUGCAAGAGAAAAAUCAUCAGAAGAAUCUCAGCUCCAAGUUAUGCUAAAUAUUGAUAAAGACUACAAUGAAGUACUGAGACAGAUUCUGCACUCGAGUGAUGACCUAUUUGAGGUCCUCUUUAUAGGAAGAGUGUUGGACAUGAGAGGUCAACUUAAUGUUGUUGAAACACUGGCAGUAAAGCUGGUAGUGACCAUUCAUAAAACACUGCCAGAUCUUCUCACUCUUCCACCUCAGAGGUGGGCAGAUUUGGUGGCUAUGGAUGAAUCUUCAUCUGCACUUGUGUCAGCUCCAGUGACAGUGGGUCAAGUAACACUUUGGACACCACUAGCCAUAAUGCUCAUUAUCACUGAUCUUUAUGCAUAUACUGGAGAUCCAGAGAUUCUGGAGGAUGUGGAUGCUGAUGUUAGAUGGAGAUAUCUUCUCUAUCAGCAUGACCUCAAUAACCUAAAAAGAUGGAUCUUCAUGGAAUUUUGUGGGCAGGAAGUGGAUCUUUGUGAAGGAAACCAAGUACAAAAUGAAGAUCUUAUAUUGUUGGAUCUCAAUAUUAGGUUACAGAAGGGACUGCAAGCAAGGUCAAGCAUCUCAGAAAAACAAGCCACUGAGAAAUAUGAGAAUAUGCCAGAAUCAAAAUACUCAGGAUUUACUUUGCUCAGUAGCCCUCUAUAUGCCAGUGAUGUGGAGUCUUCUGUCAAGUCUCAUGAUUCGGUAGAUUCUUCUUCUGUAGGUCCUGGUGAUGAGGAUUCUUGGAGUGUGCAGAGCUUUGAGACUCAUGAUCGCAGGGGCACAGUGUGGAUGAAACAACUCUUUAAGCCAAUAACUAAAUAUAUGGUUGAUCUGGUGGCAAUUGCUAAAGAGCCAUUUGCAGAAAUGGUGCUGAAUGUUUUAGCCAGAUGUAGAGUCUUCAUGACUAGUGAAAAAACUAGAGCUGAGCUACUCUUAAGACGGUUGCUCAUGUCAGGGACUUUUGAGAUGAUCACUGAUUUCAGUGGGGAUCAUCCAUGCCAAAUCUCAGACAGUGACAUUCAUACAAUAAUCAUGGAGUAUUUUGGAGAUCAUGAUCUUUUAUUGCCAGCUUAUGAUUAUAUUCAAAGCUUCUUGGAUGCCUCUGAGAGCAGAACUAUGGAAAAAUUGAGAUUACCAUCUUGGGCUAACACAGUUGUACCCUUCAUGAAGCUUUUGAAAGCCAAAUCAAAGAAAGUUGUUUAUGACUUGAGUUUAAAAAACCUUGCAGUUCUUAGUGACACUUGUAAAGCUCCCCAAGAACUUCAGUUCCCAGCUUUUCUUACCAUGCUCUUUGCUCCUACCCAGAAAUUGCAGGAUUUUAUUAAUUUUAGUGCAUGCACAAACAAUGAGACUAGUGAUGAAACAGACGAGAUAUAUUCACUUUGCACUAUUCUUGCCAAGCACAAUAUGUCUCCUAAACAAGUGAUAGAGGGCGUUGCACAGAAUUUCCCUUAUCUUCAGAAGAUGUUCUCAGACAGUGAACGUGGUACAUCAUUGGAUGUUACUAUGUAUGAUCUCUUGUCUGGAACUGUUUCCUUUGACCUGAGCCGGAUGUUCACAUUUCAGAAGAAGAACAGAUAUGGUUAUGAUGUCAAUGCUGGAAUUGCUAGCUUUACUGAUGAAGAGUUGGUAAAAAAAUAUGGUAUCCUGCAUUCUUUGGAGUAUUUGUACUACCUUAGAGAAUGUCGACCCACUUAUGCAUGUGCAGCAAUUCUUGCAAGUAUCUAUAUGAACAGAAACAAAAAAAGGACUGAAGAGAUCAAGAGUAAGGUGUAUGGAUUUGCUCUCAGUAGUUGGCCUAACCGUGCUGUAUGUUGUGCCUGUAUUUCUGUACUUAUUAUGGCCAACCUUGAAGCUGAGUCUCUCAGAAUAGUCUUAACUUCUGCAUUUCUCAUCUAUCCAGUACGAAGAGCUUUGUGUGCUAUGCUAACAACAGAGAAGAGAAAGGGACAUGAAGCUCUCAUUGAAGCAGAACUCAGAGGCAUUCUUCAACAACUUUGUUUAACUGAAACUAGAGCUGAGGCUGCAGCAGCUUUAUUAGAAAUGCUUGAAAACUGUGUCAUCCUCUCUGUUGCAAACCAUCUAGUCAGUGAACAGGGAACACUUGAACCAAGUGAAUUGUUUGAGCUCUCACUUCCCCUAAACACUGUGGUAGACAAGAUGGGUAUCAUUUUCUCACAAGAAAUUUCUCAGAAACACAUGCACAUUAUGAUGGAUGGUAUGAAAUUGUGUGUUGAGCUGUCUUUAAUUUAUAACCUUCCUUGGCCAGUGAAGCUUUUGACUAAAGUAGCAGAGUCAAAUCAGUGGUUACUUUUCCUUGUUAUGGUACAGGUUUUUAAUUGCCCAAAACAUGAAGUACUGAAAGUGGCAGAAUUUUUCCAAAGUACUGCAUUAAAAGAACACAUUAUGUUUGCCCUUACCCACAUGUACUACUAUCGUGAACCCCAUCAGUCAAGAGAGAGAACAAAAGGAACUGGUCAGAGUAGAUCAGCUCUGUAUGCAAAAAUUGGAAUUCACAGCAGAGAAGGCUCACAGUCCCCAGUGCACAGUGGGGAUGAAAAGCAGAGAAGUUCUAGUCCAAGUGAUGGUGAAAUAUCCAUUAUUGAUGAUGCUCUCUCAUGUAUUACAACAGAAACCUCUUGUGAUGUAGGGCUUGAUUACUGGUUAUCAUAUGAGCCAAAAGAUUUUUAUUCAAUAUUGCUAACGUGUCAUCAGCGUGAAAAUCCUGCGAAUGACUUAGUUACAGCAGCAGUUACAUUAAGGGCUCCUGUAUUGGCUGUGUUUGCUGCUUGCUAUAAGAAGCACAAUCCUUCACUUUGCCUCUCCGUGUGGUUAUAUACACAACUCUCACAGCAAGCUCGCCACACAUUGCAUCAGCAACUGGCACAGAGUGAAGUUCACCAAGCAACAAGCCAUAACAGUUUAAAGAAUGAAAGAGCUAAUCUUCCAGGGAGAUUUUGCUGCCAUGCUUGUGAUGUUUGUGUGAUGCAGUCUGGACUUGAAGAGCAAAAUUGGUUCAUCCUUUAUCAUGUUUCAGAAGGAUCAUUUGAUGUUCCUAUUGAAGGUCUUAGGGUGUUUGAGCCACAUUCACCAAUUCUCCCUCUUCUACAAGCUAUCCAAGAAGUGAAGGGAAUGUGCAAUAAGGAAAAAAUAAGUGAAUUGCUUUCUGCUUCUGCCACUGCCAUAAAUGAAUCUCCAGUAGAACAAUAUACAUCAGUUAGUAAGAGAGAAUGGGUAAUGAGGACUGCUCUUGAUGUUAUUAGUACAGUACUUGAUACCUUCAUAACAAACAACCAUUUACAAUGUCAGCUACUGUCUGUACUCACAACUGUCAGUCAACUGCCUCCAUUUUGCAAUCAUUUUGUAAAUUGGAAUUUGGUAAGUCAGAUCUGCAAAAUUGUAGGAUCAGUUAAACAUCAAAUAACUUUCAAAGAACUGCUCUGGAGUUUUGAAAAUGGGGAAGUAAAUGAUAUUACCAACAAGAUAGUAACAUGUCUGUGUAAUAAAUGGCACUUUACUGAAGCCCUUCAACUGUGCCAACUAACAAAUCUUCCUGUGUUUACUAUUAUUUGUGCUCAAUUGAAAGCCGAGUUUGAUAAGAAUGCAUCAAGUAUCAUAAAAGAUAUUUUUGUGUUCAAAGAAUUCCUGUGUAGAAGUCAGAAGAAGCUGUGCCAAGAAUCUGUGCCUUCACAGCAUGCAGCAGCAUUCUUCAUUGCCAUAAAUAAAGAGCUUUCAUCCUGUACUAUGAAGUGUAUCUGUCUGCAGUAUGCUUUAAUGUGGUCUUACAAAAUUCCUGAAAACAUUGCUUUCAGCACCUCUGAAUCCCCAGAUAGUAACUCGAAUGUACCUGAGGAAUUGCAGACAACAAGAGAGGCAGUUUUGGUUUUAUCUAAGCUGGAACAUGAGAUGUGGCAAGCAUAUGUUCAUGCUUUUCAUUGCAGAGGAGGAAGUAUUUCUGAUCUCCCAAUUAAACCACCAAGUGAUCUUGGCAACUGGCCCUGGGAAGGAAAAGAUGGGGCCAGUCCACUUGAUCUGGGUCUUGUAAUGAAAUCAUCUGGUCUGACAGAUUCCUUUGUAGUAAAAUAUUUUGGAGACAUAUUCACAUCAUCUUCAGGUGAUAUUGAAGAGGUUGAUGACAAAGGCUCUGUAGAUAGCAUAAGAAAUGAAGAAACAAAGAAUGUAGAUACAUUCAGCCAAAGCUCAAAUAUUAAAAGAACAAUGACUGAAAUGCUGUACCCUGAGAGAAUACAGAGUGAUCAAACUACUUUUCAGGAACAAGAGAAAGAUCAGAUGCAGCAUGAGCAGGUAUGUGUUGAUCAACCAGGUACACUGAAGAUGAAGAUUGAGCAAAUUUGUCUUGAUGAAGCAGCCAAAGAGAAAGUGCUGUAUGAAGAAACAAAUGGUGAGGAAUUAAACAAAGAGAAGGUGGAACAUGAAGCAAAUGGUAAGAAAUUGGAUGAAGAGAAAAUGGAGAAUGAUGAAGCAUGUACUGUGAAACUGGACAAAGAGAAGAUGGAAGAAGAUGAAGCAUAUCUUCAGGAACCAGACAAAGAGAAGAUGGAGCAAGAAACAAGUGAUGAUAAACUGGACAAAGAGAAAGUUGAGAAUGAAGGAGCAGCUACUUUGAGAGUGGACAGAGAGAGAGAGGUAGACAGAGAGAGAGAGGUAGACAGAGAGAUGAAACAUGCAGAGGCAUAUAUUGAGGAACCAGACAAAGAGAAGAUGCAUGUCAAGCGAACAUAUAUUAAAGAACAAUGCAAAGAGAUACCACAUUCUGAAAAAACACAUGAUGAAGAAACAGGGAAAGAUAGGAUGCAGUAUGAAGACGUCUGUGAUGGAGAACCACACAUAGAAGAGAUACAGUGUAAAGAAGUAUACAGUGAUCAACCAGAAACAAGACAAAAUAGUAAAAAUUAUCAGGAAAAAUGGAAAACUAUUCAGUGCUUGGUAAACAAAUGUGUAAACACUGGAAUGCUUAUUACUGCUUGUCGGAUACUGAGGCUUUUUGAAGGAACAAACAAGAAUGUACAGUUACUAUUACUGUUGCUUGGAAUGGCUGAUGGCAGUAAAAUUAAACCAUUGGGAGGUGAGAAGAAUGGUAGGGCAGCAUUAAGAAAAAUGCCACCUUAUCAAAAUGCAACUAAACAAGAGUGUAUGAUAAGUAGAAGUAAAGUUGGUAGCAGCUUUUGUAAGAUAUCACUUGAGGAAGACCUUGGAGUGAAAACAUCAGCCUUGAUCAAAGUUGCAUCAGAACUGACAGUGGGCAAGAAAACUGCUGAAAGGAUUGUUAUACUGUAUAAAGUUGCAGCUUCUUUGGAUCUCUCAUAUCUCUAUCUUGUACAUCACCCUAACCCCAUUGCACUUGUAUCUAUGGUUCUAAGGCUCAAAAGAUGUGGUGUUAUCCAGCUGGCUCGGGAAUUUAUUCAUGCUUUUCCUGUGCCUCAAAGUGCUGUUUUGAAUUUUUUGUGUGAAGAAGCAGUGGCUACUGUUACAGCUGGACCUGAUGUGCCAGCAACUACUCAUAGAGAUAGAUUAUUACUAUGGGAUGAGCUGGAGACACAAUGGCAAGACUUGAUCACACUGUGUGAAGACCCUUCCAUGCUAGGUAAUCAGUUACUGGAUAUUGGCCAGCGUAUGGGAUCAUCACAUCCAGACCAGGUAGAAAAAGUGCAUAGCAUGAGUGUUGAACUGGUGAUCCGAGCCCAUGACUGCUUCACUGCUGCAUCCAAUAUGGAAGGGAUAGGCACAGUGUUAAGAACAGCAUUGUCUCUCACCACAUCACUUAUACAACACUCACAGUGGUCGCUGAUGGUGCGCCUUCUGAUUGGGGUGGGACGAUAUAGUGAGAUGUCAUAUAUUAUUGAUGCCUUAAGAGAACACGAUCAAUUUGAGCAUUUACUGGGUCGUGGCUCAGACCUUCGAGGAAAAGAAACAGGACUUGACCGAGCCCUUGUGCAUUACCUCCACUCCAGAUACCCUCAAGAUAAAGAGACACUCAAACUUGUUGCUAUACAUUUUCUUCUGUACUCUGAGGUUGCUGAAAUGUGGGUAGCUGAUGCUGAAAAAGCUGUCGAGCAAAUUUUAGAAGCUACUGUUGAUCUGGGGAUAUCUUGCACUACCAACAGUACUGUUAGAUCAAGAGCAAGAGCCCCUCACCAGUUUCAAGGAACCUCCCUUGAAGCCAGCUCACAUCUGGAAAUUUCGCCUGCGUCUGGAAGCAAAAAAUCAACUGAGCGACUGCUUGUAUCUGGAAAAACUCGCACGUGGAUGCACUCGUCAGAGUCCUCAAAAGUUUAUGUACAAAGAGAAACAUCAAAAAUUUCAUCAAAAAAAUCCUCUUUAGUCAAAGGAACCCAGAGCUCGCAAGCUGGAUGCCAAAGCAGCGACGACGAGUUUGAGCCAGAGUAUUUGUAUAAUGCUAGUACAGAACUGCUCAUUCAAGCAAUGCAUAGUUAUGCACAUGCUGCUCAGUAUUAUAUGCAGGACCAACAACUGGCAACAGCUGUCAAGUACAGCUGUCAAGCAGAACUUGUGGCACUGCAGAUGGCAUAUGUGAGAAGAAACCCUUACAGCUCAUGUUUAAAGCUUCUCAAGCUGCCCCCCAAAGCAGUAAAAUAUGUCACUACAAGACUUCUAAGUGUAUGUGAAGCUCAACUAGUGGGACGUGCCUAUAACUUCACUGUGGACUGGGGAGCAGCCCUCUACCAACAGUAUGUUAAUAAGGGUGAUGAGUCGUACCUUACUGAAUAUCUGGCUACAUUUAGGCUUUUCCCUGAAGUUAUGCUCGAUGUAGUAAAGAAACUGGAGCAUGAUGGUAUAACUAAAGACCGCCGGACCCGAGUGGAAUCCAUGCUGGGCCAUGUUGAAGAAUCAGAUAUAGUUUAUCGUGUAGCCAGUCAGCUAGGCCUCAAAAGUACUAUAGAUAAGUGCCUGGCUUCUCCAUGUGCACCAUUCCUUAAAGAUACUAUUUUUGUAAAGGGAUGUACUUCAGGUGAUUGAACAAAAUGCCAAAUUAAAUAGGUUUCCUGUUCACCUUAGCAAUGAAAAUAUAGGGAAGAUCCAAACACAGAAGUGUAGUAAACACUGGUCAUUAAUAAAAAUAAUGAUCAGUGCUACAAAACUGUAAAUAUGGAGACAUAAGAGCAACUGCAAUAAGUUUGUAAUGCAAGCAUAGUCAGCCCAAGAAUUUUCCCUUUUAAACAUAAAAUUUUUAUGUAUAUACGUACUGGCAUCCUCCCAGCUAAUAACAUGGUUAUAAUUCUUAAUAUGCUGGAAAUGUGCUGAAUUGGUGUGUGUGUUUUUUGACAGAGCUCUUAUAUAAACUAUAUUGUUACUCAAGUUAUUCUUUACAUUAGCUCUCUGCCAUUGUAUACUGUAUAAGUUAGUACUACUAUUUCACACAAGUCUACUAAAGAGGGUCUUAGGUGAAAAUAUUUAGUACUCAUUUCAACUACUGUUUUAUUUUCUCUAUGUGGGUUUGCUUGUGUAUUAGAAAUGAUAAUUAUAACAACACAGUAUAUAUAUAUAUUUCUUACACAAUAUAAAAAAUAUAUAUUUUCUGCAUGACACAUUUUCCAUGAUAGUACAAUUAGUUGCAAAAUGUGUUAUAUUCCUCAUCUUUCAAGAAUAACUAGUUUGUGAUUGUACACUUAAUUAAAUUAUGGUACUGUAGGUCCUGACUAACUAUUAUGGUAAAUAGAGCUUUCUGAACCCUUUAAUGAAACUGACCUUAUAAGAUUGUUACCUAAGUUUGGUACCAUACCUAGUAUUUGGUGAUUUUCAUAAUCAAGUGCUGAACAUUCCUCUAAUAUUUAUAAACAUUAUGGAUACUGUGCAAUAAUUAAAAUUGUCUUUUACCAUAUGAGGUCCAGUGACCUCAGAAAAAACACCAUUUUGGAUAUAAUACAGCCUCUAACUGCUAUAAGUGGUUACCUGUCUUACAGUGUUGCUUCCAAUACCAAACCAUCAUUAUUCAUAAUUGUCACAAAGUAACCUUAUGGCUCCCACCAACAGAACCUACCUUGAGUUACAAGCUUUGAUUUAUAUACCCUUCAAGGAGGGGUGUCUUAAUACCCGUGAAGAGCUCUUGAUCCAAGGAAGCAGCCCUUCCCCCUCCUUGAAUUGAAUCUUAAUGCCCCACAUCCCUCCAGGUGCUGUAUGACCUCUGUUUUUCACACUUGCCCCUGAUUACAAUAAAAAAGGAAUAUCUCUCCAGUAUUUUCCUUAUGUAAAUUAUAUAGUAUCUUCUUCACCAGUGUUCCAGUAGUAUGAGAGACUAUAAUUGUUACCAAUAAUUUAGGUGUUGGAAUGACUGUGAAAGUUCUCUGAACAUUCCAAAUUUGUAGUUUCUCUUGGCUGUUUAACAGAUUUUUUGUACAGCUUCUUUUUGGCCCUCAGGGCUUGGUUGCAGUCUCCUUUGUACCUCUAAGCCUGGGUUUAUGUUUUCACUGAAUGACUUACACAAGUAUAGAAUUGGUGGUGAUAAUAUCACUAGAUGCUCGUUAACACUACUCACAGGAUUUACCAGUAGUAUUUGCCUUGCUCAGUUCACUGUUCUAGUAAAACAUUAUCUUGUUGACUAUCUUAAUCCUUUAAACAUACCAAGUUUAUUGCUUAUCUUUAAAGAGAAUCUUACACAAAUCCUUGCAUCAAGCAAAUACAUAAAUCAAAGUUCAUAGCCAAAAGGUUAUACGUACUGUAUAUGUUUUAUGAGCUUGCCUAGUAGUAAUUAUGUUGGAUGAACUUGCCUGGUGGUAAUUAUGUUGUGACUAGUUUGCUUAGUGGUGAUUAUGAAUAAUGAUGGUUUGCCAGUGGUUGUGACCCUGUCAGGCAAUGUAACUGCUGGUUGAGUGGCAAGAAUUACUGUUAGCAUUUAAACUGUAUUGGGUGAGCAGAAAGUUAAGCUACCCUGAGGAGGUACAGUGCAGCUAGAAAAGUCCUUUUCUUUAGUCAAAGGUUAAAUAUUACUGAGGCUGUGAAACAUGAAUAAUUACAAGUGCCUUUAUAUGCUUGGCAAUUUUUUACAUUUUUAGGGGUUUAAAUGACAUAAAGGUUCAAUUGCAUUGAAUACUUAGUUUCAAACUUGAGGGUGAAAUUUAUGUAUACAGCUGGACUUGAUUCCUGGAGAUGGUUAGUACAGUGCCAGCACUCUGAAGGAGGGGUGUUAAUGUUGCAGUUUUAUAACUGUAGUGAAAGCAUACCUCUGGCAAGACAGUGAUGCCUUGGUGGGAAAUGGCCAAUGUGUUAAAAAUAAAAAAAAGUUUAGUUAUGUAAUUGACUAACAAACCAGCACUGUAAUUAUAUUAUUGGAAUUAACAAUAACACGUGAUGCAGUACAUGGCAGUAAAUUAAAAAAAAAAAUGAUAUACACACACAUAUGAUAAUUUACAAAAUUUGGUGUACUACAGUAUUAGAGUUUACAAGAACCUAAUAUAAGUUAUUGUAUUUAAGGAAAGUUUGUGCUAAGUGAUCCGACUAUAAAAAUAUAAUUUUUAUACUGAUUUAUAUUUUGCUUAAUAUGGAGAAUACUGCUUAGCUGAAUUUGGUAAUAAUUUAGAGCUUUAAUAAAGUGUAUAAUGAUAAGUGGAUUUUGCGGUAGUGUUUUUUGUGGAAAUUGUCCAAAAAAAUGUGUGCAAAUUUUUAUUUUAGGAGGUAGCCACCUAAAUGCUUUUGUAAUUAUUAUUAUAAUAAAAAAGAAGCACUAAGCCACAAGGGCUAUACAGCAAUGCUUUUAUAAAUGGAAAGAUAUAUACAUAUAGUAAAAUGUGAGCCAUAUCCCACCAGCAGCAUUCCAGUAUUGUAAGCAAAACAAUAUGCCACUGCACAAUCAUUCACUUCUUAGCAAUACCAUGUGGGAUUUGGACAGUAGAUGGGAUUUUUUAGUUAAUAGGUAUGUUUAGGUUACCCAGUGUAACCUAACCAAAUCUGACCCUAACAUAACUUUGAAUUUUUUUUAACACUAAAAAGAAACGCUGCCACCAUUAUUUACUCUAUUGCUGUCUUGCCAGAGGAACACUGAUACUACAGUUCAGAUGCCUCUCCAAACUGCAAAUAUCCCCACCUGUCCUUCAGAAUGCAGGCACUAUACUUUCCACCUCCAGUUGGUGAGGGGCUCUUGAUUUAGGGAAUUGGAACUGUGCUCCAGUUCCCCGAAUUAAGCCUGAAUGCCUUCCACAUCCCCCCCCCGGGCGCUGUAUAAUCCUACGGGUUUAGCGCUUCCCCUUUGAUUAUAAUAAUAAUUUCCACCUCCAGGACUCGAGUCCAGCUGGCCAGUUUCCCUGAAUCCCUUCACAAAAUGUUACCUAUCUCUCACACUAACAGCUCGUCAGUUCCCCGAAACCAUUUCCCUCCACCCCUAUCUAGCAUGCUCAAACAUUCCUGCUGGAUGUUCAAGCCAAUUGCACACAAAACCUCCUUUACCCCCUCCCUCCAUCCUUUCCUAGGGUGACCCCUAUCCCUCAAAAUAAAACUACAUUGCAAAAUACACUUGAUAUUGUAUGAAUUAAAAUAUAAAUUAUCACCAAACAGCUCAGCAGUUGUUCUCCAUACUGACUUGUAUUUUCUAUAUUUGUACUUACAAAAUAAAAAAUCUUAAAAAUU